GCUAUUUCGGCUUUUCACUCCGUCACCUUCUGUCACCCCCGCGGGGUUUUUAGUCAGUCGUUCCCAUAUUACAACUAUCUUGAUUGCGCGGGAGCACCGCCUCUUCAUCGAAGACUUCAACAUUUGCCAGAAGUCCAUGAAGCGCAAAUUCGGGCAGCCGUCGCUACCCACGCUGUUCUUUCGACCGGAUGGUGUCCUUACGGUACCAGGAUAUACGUUUUCUAAGGCAGUACAAUGGCAGGACACAGGGAGUAUGACAAUGCUUGCUGAAGGAAGCAGCUUGAAAGAUGGCUCAUUAACGUUGGCAAAGAUAUGCCCUUCUCAUUCGAAUGCGUCUAUGUGCUUGGAAAGAGAAGCCCAUAUUCUCAAUAAAAUUGCUAGCAACCCUCAACCAUUUCGACCGACUCUAAGAAUGAUAGAACUCCUGACUAUCCCUCGAGAACACGGAGAUGUUGUUGUUUUGCUCCUUGUCCAUCCCGGAUUGAACCUCCUCGGCCGAUACCUUCCUCCUUCCAAAGUAAACGACCUACUGUUGGCGGAUAUUUCGCGUCCCAGACAUGCGCCAUCGCAUCGAGACGCGUUUAUGAUGGAUAUAGACAUUUCGGAUAUUGAGCAGGAGAUGGAGGCUUUUGACGUUGUGGAUCUGGCUACCUUCUUAGAAUUCGCUAUUCAGGCGACCAUGUGCUUAGAAACGAUUCACAAAGCUGGAAUAAUACAUCGCGAAAUUCGAGCCAAUGCAUUUCAUCUUAAUGCGCAUUCGAAUAUAGUGCGCUUUGCUCACUUCGGAAAUCGAGCCGUGUCUCUAGAGAAUUACGGUUCUCCAUCAUCCUUGGUUCUACGGACUUUCGAGGAGGGCGAAAAGUUGAAAGUGAAGGAAGCGUUAUGUUACCUUGCUCCGGAGCAAACGGGGAGUAUUGAAACUAUGGCUCAAGAUCAACGAACCGAUCUUUACUCUCUGGGAAUCCUCUUUUGGACUUUGCUUGUCGGCAGGGGUCAAAUGCCUUUCGAAGGAGGAGCGCUAGAGCUGUUACACUCCAUAGUGCAGAAGAGGCCGAUGCCUGUUCAUGAGGUUCGCAGGGAUGUCCCUCAGGUGCUGGCCAACAUAGUAGAUAAGCUUCUAGCGAAACAUCCCGACCAGCGAUAUCAAAGUGCUUAUGGACUCAAGGUGGACCUUUUAGAGUGUCAACGACGCCUUCUCGCAACGGUAUCGUCCGCGUCCGAUGACGCCGAGCUUAUCCCUCACUUUGAAAUUGCUUCACAAGAUAGAUUCAUGGAUUUUACUAUGCCUUUAGCUUUGUUCGGCCGUGAAAAGGAACUAGAACUUAUCAGGAACGUCAUUCGGCAUACAAACACGAGCUUCUCAAGACAUUUAUCAACGUCUGAAGGCUAUAUCGCUAUCUCUUCUUCUUCCGGAAGUCAGGAAACCGGCACUGCCAUGAGUGUUGGUGAUGAUCCUGAAUCCCUCUCUUCAAGUGGAUCUGUCUCAAACAGUGGUAUGGCGCCAAUAGAUAGUGCAGGAAAUAAAUCAGCCAGAUACUCUCCAACACAGGAUUACAGCUCUAUGAGCUUCAGCCCUUCAAUCCAGACAAGCGAUGGCUUACGACGAGCAGCUUUAAUCCGUAAGCCCAGGUCAUCCAGAGCUCAAGUCGUCAUCCUCGUCGGACCACCAGGGGUUGGUAAAAGUUCCAUUAUUCUUGUCAAUCAAGCAAAAUGGAGAUCUCAUGGUCUAUGGGGGCAAGCCAAGUUUCAGAACGCAGAUUCUGCACCUUUUGCAGCCUUGCUUGGAUGUCUGUCGUCAGUUUUACGUCAGUUGAUGGUCUUUCACAUGGACGUUCACCGCUUCGUUUCCGCCUUGAAAGAUCGAUUGGGUCCACAGAUGCAGAACAUGCCACUCCUAUAUCAAGGAGUACCCGAAUUACGAGAUAUACUUGCGCUGUUUGGCCUCAAUUUGGACACUCCACGAGAAACCCUCUCCACUAGGGAAUUGCGCGCGCGAUUCGAGACUCUCGUGGAAAAUGUUUUCGCAGUCAUCGCGGAUACACGCUUGUUUGCUUUAUUCUUAGAUGACCUUCACGAAGCUGAUGAAUCGACCUUGGAUGUUGUUUCAGCUCUUUUCAAUUCCAGAAGUCGAAUGCUGAUAUUUGUAACUAUACGAUCUGAUAAGCCGGACGUGGUGGAAAAAGUUCGAUCAAUGUUCAGUAGUCGUGCCCGCCCAACUUGGAUUAAUUUGGAGCCACUUUCCUAUUCUGCAAUACAUGCUCUAGUUUCCAAGAGCUUGCAUCGUAGUAAGGAGGAUUCUGCUCCUCUGUCACACUUCGUGUAUGCUGCGUCCGCCGGUAAUGCCUUCACCGCGCGAAGUAUUCUUACGACAUUACAACGCCGGAAUCACAUCACCUUCAAUUGGGAGCUUAAUCAUUGGGAGUACAACAUGACAGAAAUUGAAACAAGCAUGGACAGUACCCCCAAAUCGGACCCGACAGACCUCAGUUUUCUGGUUUCCCAAUUUAGGGAAUUUCCCGAGGAAGCCCGGAAGUAUAUGCUAUGGGCUAUAUUCUUCGGAGAAACGUUUAAAACAACGGAAGUUUCGCUCAUGAUGGAUUGGGAGGAUUCUAGCGGAAGUAGCGGUAGCGACGAGGAUGACAUAUUCUGGAAUCUUCGUCGCAAUGCCGAAUCCUCUAGCUCUAAUAAUGCGAGUCGCAGUUCCAUGCGCGGCAUGCAAUUGGCGCUCGUUGAAGGAUGGUUGAUACAACGAGCUCGGGAUAUGUGUAGCUUUGCACACGACCGAUAUCGACAGGCAGUUCAGGCUGAAGCCAAUAAUCUAUCUGAGGAGGCAAGAUCAAAAAUGUCACUGAAGAUCAUCCUCAUGAUGCUCCAUGAAACUGAAAGUGAAGCUACAGUGGAUGUCUACCGGAUUGCGGAGCACGCUAAAAACUGCCUUCCUCUGUUACUCGAACAUCCAAAGCGAGAGGACCUGUUAGGCCUCCUCAUUGACGCCGGGGAAAUGGCCUGGGCCAGAGGCGCGCAUGAGUUGGCAACUCAAUCAUUCAAAAGCGCUAAAACUCUUCUUCGAAAUGAACCAUGGGCUGAAAACCCCAAGCGAACAUUCUCGUUGUUCUCCAAACUAGCCUCUCUAGCUACUUGGAAAGGCGAUUUCGCAGAGUCGAACGAAUUCUUAAAACAAUGCAUGGCGUAUGCUCAACAGCCGGAAGAAGUCGCUGCAGUCCUUAGAUCUCAGUCUCAAAACAAUUGGAUGAACAAGAAUUUUUCAGGAGCGCUUGAAGACACUCUUCAGGCCCUUAAGAUACUCGGUGUCGAAGUAAAUCCUGCCCCUACUCGUAGAGAAGCUGCACACAUGUUCGAACGUGUCAAGAAUGAAAUCCUAGCAAUUGGAUUUGACGAAAUUUUGAGCAUUCCUCGCGCGAAUGAUCCACGUACAGAGCUUGCUGUUCGUCUGUUGAACGACGCCGGGACGAAUGCUUAUUGGUCUCCUACACCCUUCUCAUUUGCCGAAGUCAUAGGUCUUACGACUAUACAAAUGGCGUUGCGGUCUGGUAUCUCCACAGGGACAGCACUUGGCUUCUUUUGGGCGCUCGGAGGUGCUGCUGAACGACGGGACCUCUAUCGCUUCUCUUCCGACCUUGCAAAGCUAGCCUUACGAAUAGCUGAUGUGCAUGGAAGUAGCGGAGAAAAAUGUCGAGCCUACGUCCUCUAUUGCUCGCUGGUGUCCGGAUAUGACAACGUUCACAUGCGAUCAGCUUUACCGCGAUUAGAAGAAGCACUCAAGUAUGGAAGUAGCGCAGGAGAUAGAAUCUACACUGGAUUAUCUAGUUUAUACAUGAUAUCGACUCGCCUUUUCGUGUGUGAUUACUUGAGUGAGCUGGUGACAGCUGCAGAGGAGUGUCUCAACGACGUCCAGCUCACUGCUCCAGGGGAAAUUGCCGUGCUUUCUCAAGGUACCCUCAACUGCAUUCGUGCCCUUGGAGGUUAUACAUUGGCUUCUUCUCCCGAGACGGCCUUCGACACAGACACCUUCAAGGAGCAUGAAUAUCUCGAGAGAGUGAAGGCCGUUUCAGGUAAUGAGGAACUCGUCCUCAAUUGGUAUAAUGCGUUCAAAGUUGUCGGGCUAUAUUGUUUGGGAUUCGUUGACGAUGCAGCUGAACUGGGUUUUUAUGUGUAUAGAACUCGAGACAGACAUCCAAAUCAUAGGCACAUUCGAUAUAGUCUGUUCUUUCACAGUCUUUCGUUGAUAGCUUGCCUAAAGCAGGGAGGUGUUUCGAAGGAGAAGCACAAUCGUUAUCUAAGUCAGGUCAAUAUCAACCAAGAACUGAUUAAAAAAUGGGUCUCCUCCAGCGCGGUCAACAAUAGUCAUUGGGUGGCUCUCGUUGAUGCAGAACUGGCGUCGUUGUUCAACGACCCAUCCACUCACAAGCUCUACGAUAUAGCUGUCAAGCAAGCCGUCAAUAAUGAUUGGCUAUUGGAAGAAGGACUAGGCCUGUAUUUACAAGGUUGCCAUUUUGUGAAGUGCGGGGUGGAAGGUCUGGGCAGUGAACUUCAGCGUCGAGGAAUUUCACGGCAAUCCCAAUGGGGCGCUCAAGGCAUAGUGAAUCAUUUGAACUCCGUUGUCGGUAUCCGGUCGCAAUAUCCUCUAAAACGGCCUAUCUUCACUUCGGAUGUUGCUGUGCAAACAGACAGUGGUCUAGCCUCAUUGAGUUCGCAAAUGUCGUCUCACCCUAAAAUGGACGUCAGCGACGAUCAUCAGACAACACUUCGAGCUAGCCAUCUUGCUGCCAUCUUACAGUGGAGCAAAGAUAUUUCCAGCGACAUAAAUCUGUCUUCGGCGCUGCAGAGACUAACUGAGAUUGCUACCGAGACUUCUGGAUCGCAAAAUACAUGUGUCGUCAUAGCUCACGAAGCAGGCGAAUACUCUGUCGCUACUCAGAUGAUUGCCCCCGAACCGUGUCUGGUUUAUGAGAUUCCCAAAUCCAUUCGAUCUAUCGGAGAUCCACUACAAAAAGCCAUCAUUGAACAUACUUUGAACUCCAAAGAGCACAUUUAUUAUGAUGAUGCAUCAUCUGACAUGAGAUUUUCUUCUGAAGCAGCGCAAUCUCCUCAUCGAUCCGUUAUUUGCAUUCCCAUCUUCAGCAAUCGCGGACAAACUUUCGGUGCAGUCUACGUGGCUUCCAAAUACACAUUUUCUCAGAACAUAGUGACAAUUUUGACAUUGCUUUGUCAACAAGCAAGCAUCAGUGUAUCGAAUGCACUUCUCUUCCGCUCGGUACAGGCUGGUACUCGGGAAAAUCUAAAGAUGAUUGCUGUUCAGAGAGAUGCUCUAGAAGCGGCAAGGAAAAGCCGCGAAGACGCUCUCAAAGCUACGAAGAUCAAAAGUAACUUCCUAGCCUCGAUGAGUCAUGAACUGAGAACCCCUUUCAGUUCAUUCUAUGGACUUUUGGAUUUGCUCAGUGGCACGGAACUGAAUCCGGGUCAAAACGAGAUAGUACAAACCGCAAAACAAUCAUGCGAGCUGUUGCUAAAGAUUAUUGAUUCUAUCUUGGAUUACAGCAAAUUGGAGGCUUCAGCGGUAAAGUUAGAACCAAGUGGAUUCCUUGUGGAGAAUAUCAUUGCUGAUUGUAUGGAACUCUUGCUCCCUAUGGCGGCAAAAAAACUGGAUCUGUCAUUUGACAUUGACCCCAAUGUACCGCCAUGGGUAUAUGCAGACUACGCUCGAAUACGACAAGUACUCAUGAACCUCAUUGGAAAUGCCGUCAAGUUUACUGCCGAUGGGUCCGUUCAAGUGACUUGUACAUUGGAUAAAACACACACUUCAAGUUCGACACCAACUACAAAUGAUGAAGUCAGCCUGAAAUUUACUAUCCAGGAUACAGGAAUCGGACUCUCUCCAAGUGACGUGGAGCUAUUAUUCGUGCCAUUCCAACAGGCUGACAAUUCCUCCACUCGUCGAUUCGGGGGUACUGGGCUCGGUUUAUCGAUAUCUAGACAGUUGGUCAAAUUGAUGAACGGCGUGAUUGCAGUCGAGUCUGAAUUGAACGUUGGUUCAAAAUUCUGGUUCACUAUUCCAGUGAAGAUUUAUAACUCAGGAGAGUCUCAAAAGUAUCUUUUCGACAUAGAAAACCUUAGAUCUGGCCUCACCAAACCUCGCCCACCACACAUUGUGGUGUGUUCAGCCUCCCCCGUAACAUUGACGCUAUUUGGACACAUCCUUCCUGGAUUUUCUGUAGUUCUCGCAUCUAGCAUUGCGGAUGCAGAGAUAUACCUACGCAAUCUUGGCGAUCGCAAUCCCCCAGUCGAUUUUGUCAUCAUGGAUCAUCAAUCGGAAAUGCAGGCAGAGGAGUUGGCAAAAUUUAUUGACUCCCUUCAUUAUAGCACAUUGAAAGAAACGAAAGUCAUACACCUGUACACCCCGACCACCAGCCUCUCUGGUCGCUCUGUCUUCGGCAGCAAUAGUCCAGGUGUCGUGAAAAUGACAAAGCCGCCGCGGAAGGCCCGACUGCUACAGACACUUGCCGGACUGAAGAACUUACCCAACGCCAUGCCUAUCGCUCCUUCAUCAGAUGUAAUUCGGGCCAUGGAUAAUAUCGCUGCAGCGCAACGCACCCUCUUCGGGAAUGUCCUCAUAGCAGAAGAUAACCCUAUAGCUCAAAACUUAUUGGUGAAACAACUGGAGCGUUAUCAACUUAACGUCACCGCUACAAGCAAUGGCAAUGAAGCUAUAGCAGAAUGGGAAGCUCAUGAGCCAGGUUAUUUUAGCGUGGCGCUAUUCGACCAUCAUAUGCCGAUUUGUGAUGGUGUGGAGGCAUCCAAAAAACUACGGCACUUGGAAAACAAAAGAAAGGUUUCAGUUAUAUUGCCUAUCGUUGCUCUCAGCGCGGAUUGCCAAGAGUCCACAAAACAAUUAUGCCUUAGUGCAGGAAUGAAUGCCUUCUUUAGUAAACCACUAAGGAGAAGCGAUCUCACCUCUCUACUAUCUAUGUUCGGGUCAUCUCGCCCGUAAUGUCGGAUGUGCUUUGCCAGUCUAUUCUGCUAUCUGUAUGCUGUCAACUCUAAUUUAUCUCUACUGUAACCUCUCUCUUGUGUUGUGCCCAGGUUGUACCAUUUCCAGAAACACGUCCUCGAUAUAUAUACCUGUAGAAUUAUGAGAAGACAUGUUGACAAAGUCCAGAGAAUUCCACAAAGA